AAAAGGACAACUGUCAAAACUAUUUUCGAUUCGUACUUUUCACGACUUAUUGCAUUACGAACAAUUUGCAAAAAACUGGAUUUACGUUUCAUUUCUCAAUUGCAAAUUCAGAACUAAGAAUGUCGGCAGUAAGAAUUUUCUCGCUCGCCAAACAAAGUAAUCGAGUGUUGCGUCCGGCUACUGCAGUUCGUCUGUACAGCACCUGUCCAAAGCCAACUGCUAUUAAACCAGAACAAUAUUAUUAUGUAAAUAACGAAGAAAAAAGUAUGGACAUGGCAGAUAUCACGGAUCGAGCUGCGCAAACUAUUUUCUGGACCGAGUUGUUCCGUGGAGCAGCCGUUACAUUGGCACACAUUUUCAAAGAACCGGCUACUAUCAAUUACCCUUUCGAAAAAGGCCCAUUGAGUCCUCGAUUCCGUGGAGAGCACGCUUUGCGUCGCUAUCCGAGUGGGGAAGAACGUUGCAUUGCUUGCAAACUAUGUGAAGCCAUAUGUCCGGCACAGGCUAUUACUAUCGAGGCGGAAGAGAGGGCCGAUGGCAGUCGGAGAACUACCCGUUACGAUAUUGAUAUGACCAAAUGUAUCUAUUGUGGAUUCUGUCAGGAAGCUUGUCCGGUGGAUGCCAUCGUAGAAGGCCCCAACUUUGAGUUUUCGACCGAAACGCACGAGGAACUGUUGUACAACAAAGAAAAGUUACUCAGCAAUGGAGAUAAAUGGGAGUCCGAGAUUGCAUCCAACAUUAACGCAGAUUAUCUGUACCGUUGAUCUGCUAGUAUGAGCAAAACGUCAAUAAGUUUUCUGCGGUGCUCAGAAUAUUGUUUAGCAAAUAAUAACAAACAAAUGGAUUAAUAAAUUCAAUCACUCGUUUAAAUGAAAA